AUGCUGAAGGGGCAAAACUCGAUCUUCACAGAUUCGGCGUUGAACCAGUAUCAAUUUGCGAGUAAAGUGUCCUCCGAACUCAAUCUCGUCGUCUGUUUCAGUUAUUGCAUCUGUCGAUACAUGAAGUCAGAACCACUGCCUCAGUUUGUUAACAUGUCUCGCCUACAUGUCGAUCUCUCGGUAUCUGAUUUGAAACUGUUUCCAACUUUUCUUGAGAGCUUCCCAAACUUGAAAUCCCUCAUUGUCUGCAGCGAUGAUUAUAGGAAACCCACUGAAAUUAGCUUCUCAUCUGUGCCCGGAUGUGCUACUGAAAUGAAUCUAGUGAGAUGCUUCCUAAAGAAUUCGGCUAUCCUCAAGAAACUCACUCUGUGUUUGGAUUCUUCUUAUACAAAAGAUGAAAUCUUCAAGAAACUUAUCAAAACCCCAAGAGCCUCUACCAAAUGUAAAGUCGUCAUUCUCUGA